CAUUAUUAAACCCCUUGUUAAUACCUCCCCGAUAGCCGAAUUUUGAUAAAUCUUGCACUGCUAUAUAUGAGAGGAUCAGUACACGCUUCCUCAUAAACUGGGUAACCCUGGUCUGUCAUCAUGAAACUUCUAGUAGUGAUUGCUGCUUUCGUCACCAUAUGCGCUGCUAGCGCAAUCCCGGCGAUCCCGGGGGACAACAGCCACUACGUGGAGGGGGUGAGCCGCUACAUCUGGAUGCCCGACGGCGAGGGCGUCCCGCACCUGGUGGACCUCGAGGAGCCGGCCGAUGAGAGCCUCCUGAAUGACAUGUCCCGGAACGGAGCCAACAACCAGUACUGGCUGUUCACUAGGCGCAACCCCACCAACCACCAGCUACUGGUGAGCGGAAACUCCAACAGCAUCAGCAACUCCAACUUCAUCCGGGGCGCCCCCAUCAAGGUCAUCGUCCACGGCUGGAACAGCAACGGACGUAGUGACGUCAACACGGUCAUCACGCCUGCCUUACUCCAAGUGGAGAACUGCAACGUCAUCGUCGUCGACUGGAACCGGCUGGCCAACUCCAACUACAUCACGGCCGCCAACGGAGUCCCCGGCGUGGGCCAGCACCUCGGCAACUUCCUCACCUGGCUCGUGGGCCAGACCGGCACCAACUGGAACAAUGUGCAUCUGAUCGGCUUCAGUCUCGGAGCUCAUGUUGUUGGCAAUGCCGGCAGGACUACUGGCAGCAGGCCCGCUAGGGUUACAGGUCUGGACCCCGCCGGCCCUCGCUGGGGCAACAACAACCGCGCGCUCAACCGCAACGACGGCCAGUACGUCGAGGCCAUCCACACCGACGGCGGUCUGUUAGGGAUCUUCGACUCCAUCGCUGAUGCGGACUUCUACCCUAAUGGUGGAAGGAACCCUCAGCCUGGCUGCUGGAUCAGCAGCUGCUCUCACAGCCGCGCCUACGAGCUGUUCGCGGCCACCGUCAAGUACAACAGGCUGCAGGGCAGAAGGUGCAAUAAUACUAAUGAAGCGGAGAACAACCGCUGCUCCGGGGCGUCGUUCAACAUGGGCAACGCGCAACUGAACAAGCGCGGGAGCGGAAUUUACGGACUACAAACUGCGAGGAACUACCCUUACUAGUUCAUCAAUACAUGGCGAAAAUCGAAAGAUAAAUAAAUAAUCUAUGGGCAACGAUUAUACAUAACAAUAAUAUUAUUAAUUUCGAUAAAUGGGAUUAUUUUUACUUAUCUCCGUAUCUACCUACAUAGAAACUACGAGUAACAUCAUAAUUAACAACGAACGGCAUAUCAAAUGCGUGUUUUGCAGAUAUCUGAACAUGAUCAAUAUAGAUUUAAAAAAUGUAAUUGAAUAAAUGUAAUCUUAUCUUCUUAUUAACAUUA